AUGAUCAAUAAACUGCAUCAGAACGCUACAUGGAGCAUGCGCAGCAAUUUCUUCUUCGUUCCGACCGACUGUCCACAUCGUGAGGAACGCUUGGGCUGGACAGGAGACAUCCAAAAAUUUGCUCCCUCUGCAAGCUUCCUUUACAACACAACAGGUAUGCUAGGUGACUGGCUCCAAGAUCUCUCGGUUGAGCAGCUAUCACGUCCCAAUGCCAUAUCCCCUUUUGUCGUUCCCAAUGUCAUCCCCGAACCUCUCUGGCCCAUAUUUCCGCAAGCGGCAUUGGGUGAUGCCACCAUACUCUUCAGCGUGGUCCUGACCGUCUCUGGGACGAAAAUUUAUUCCAACUUGGAGACUGGCUUGAUCCCACCACUCCGCCGGGGCCAGCCUGGUAAUUCUUGCACAGACGGAACGUUGGCGGUGGAUGCAUACCUUGUUCACGUUACCGAAAUCCUUCCCCAUAUAAGUACAAUCGUAGAUGAGUCUGCAAACGCAUCACGAUACGAAGCCGACUAUCGCGCUCUGAAAUCCCAGUUUCAAAUUAAAUACAUUUUUCCGACCGGCCUACUGGUCGGAGACACCCAUACCGCGCUGAGCCUAGCCGUAGUAUUCAAUCUCCAUGACGACCCUCAGCAGGCCGCUGCUGCAGGGCAUGAUUAG